AUGAAUGAUGGUACACUCGUCAUUCGUGGAGAGAAGGUUCCGUCGCGAAAUGUAGGCGGCGUUGGUUUUGUUGUGCACCCAUCUGUCGUCCAUCUCGUUGAUUCUCACGAGAUCCUGUCACCUCGUCUGGCCAUUCUUCGCCUCCGCCCUCUGCGCCAAAAAUCCAUCAGUAUCAUCAACUGCUACUCACCAACAUCAGCAGCUGAUGAUUCCGAAUUGGACGCGUUUUACGAGGAGCUGGAGGAAGUAGUCCGCAACGAGAAGUCCUUUUACAAAUUCGUUGUCGGAGACUUCAACGCAAAACUAGAAAAGGCCACAGAAGAGGAAUACAGGAUUGGAAGAUUUGGACUAGGGGACCGGAAUGAAAACGGCAAUCGUCUCGCCGCCGCUUGCCCGCCGCUCGCCUCUUUCAUGGGAACUCUCUUUUCAUGA